CUCCCUGAACAGAUAAAAAAGCUACAUUUCGGCUCUUGCUGUCAGAAGGCCUCAGCUUCGCUCAGGAUCGGGAACUCUUGCUUGGAAUCCUCCCCGCCAAGAUCACCUCUCCACUAUCCAACAUGUCUCGCCAGUCUUGUGCCCGAAGUGUCGGAGGAGGCAACAAAGGCUUCAGCUCCAGCUCUGCUUGCUUUGGGGGUGGAAAUAAAGUCAGCUUCAACACCAUUUCCACAACCCGUGGCUGUUCUGUCCGUGGCAGCAGCAGCGUAGCCGGAGGCGGUUUUGGCAGCAGGAGCCUGUAUAAUCUAGGGGGGAGCAGAAAAAUCUCUUAUGGUGGAUUUGGUGGUGGUGCUUGUGGCCAAGGAGGUGGAGGGUAUGGCAUUGGUGGCGGCUUCGGUGGUGGCAGUGGCUUUGGGGGAGGUUUUAAUGGCUGCUUUGAUGGUACUGGUGGCCCUGGAUUUCCCGUAUGCCCACCUGGAGGCAUCAAAGAGGUGACCAUCAAUCAGAGUCUCCUGCAACCCCUCCACUUGGAGAUAGAUCCAGAAAUCCAAAAAGUGAGGACACAGGAGAGGGAGCAGAUCAAAACCCUUAACAACAAAUUUGCCUCCUUCAUUGACAAGGUCCGUUUUCUAGAACAGCAGAAUAAAGUUCUGGAGACCAAGUGGAAACUCUUGCAAGAACAGGGUCAAGGGACUACUGUUGGUCACAGGAGCCUUGACCAGUUUUUUGAAGUAUAUAUCAGUGGUCUGAGGAAACAGCAUGAUUCACUUCUGAAUGAGAGGAGAGGCCUGGAGUCAGAACUUAAGAACUUCCAAGACCUGGUGGAGGAUUUCAAGAACAAAUAUGAAGAUGAAAUUAAUAAGCGUACAACAGCAGAGAACGACUUUGUGCUUUUGAAAAAGGAUGUGGAUGCUGCUUACAUGAACAAAGUAGAAUUGCAGGCCAGACAGGAUGCUUUGCAAGAUGAAGUCAACUUCUUGAGAUGUCUGUAUGAUGCUGAACUCAGCCAGGUGCAGCAGACUGUUUCCGACACCUCCGUUGUCCUUCAAAUGGACAACAACCGGAACCUGGACUUGGACAGCAUCAUCGCAGAGGUCAAAGCUCAAUAUGAAGAGAUUGCUCAGAAGAGCCGUUUAGAAGCGGAGUCUUGGUACCAAACGAAGUAUGAAGAGCUGCAGGUAAAUGCUGGGAGACAUGGUGACAGUCUACGAGAUACCAAGUCCGAGAUCUCUGAGCUCAACCGGACAAUUCAGAGACUACGAGCUGAAAUUGAAAAUGUGAAGAAGCAGUGUGAAAAGCUGCAGAGCUCCAUCACGGAAGCGGAAGAGCGGGGCGAGCUGGCACUCAAGGAUGCAAGGGACAAGCUUGUCGAAAUGGAGGCAGCUCUGCAGAAGGCCAAGGAGGAGAUGACUCGCCUCUUGCGAGAAUACCAAGACCUGAUGAACGUCAAGAUCGCCCUCGAUAUUGAGAUUGCCACCUACAGGAAACUGCUGGAAGGAGAGGAGAGCAGGAUGUCUGGAGAUUGCCAGAGUAACGUGAGCAUCUCUGUAGUUGGUUCUAGCAGCUCUGGUGGUGGAUAUGGAGGAGGUUAUGGAGGUGGAUUUGGAGGAGGAUGCUACGGGGGAUCUGGUGGCCUUAACAGCUUCAGCACCGGCAGUGGAAGAGGCAUGUGCAGCAUAGGAGGAGGAGGUGUUUCCAGUGGAGGCACCAUUUUGAAAAAAACCACUAUGUCAUCCACCACCGUCAGGUCUUCAACCAAGAAACUGUAAGAAACGGAAGCGAUGACAGCACAACUCCCGGAUGAAAGAUGCAUCUUCUGCCAUCUGAUGUGGUGAUCCAAGCCACUCCCCUCAACCUUUCUGGCAUUUCUCAGAGAAAUGGACUUCAUUUCUAAUGACCACUUUGCCUGUUCUUCCAAAAUAACGCGGCCUUGCAUUCCCUGUCAUUUAUCCUUCACUCACUGUUGAUGCAUUUCAUUCCCUCAUACCAACGGACAGAACUGCUUUCAGUUAACAGGGGAUAAACCUACUAAAGUUGUGUUUGGAUGGUGAAAGGCAAACAGCCCUGGGUAGUUCUGCUAGGGAUUAUUUAGGACACUGCUGGACUCCCGAACCAUGCUCACAUUGUUUGGGUAUACCCUUCCCACGUGACCACUUGAGAACUACACUUAUCCCAGAAAUGUCAAAUGAAGAGAUUGUUCUUCUCUCUUUGAGCUUUUCUGGGAAAGAAUGACUCUUAGAAGGUUCAUGUGAAAGAACCAAAUCCAGAAGUAGAGGCACACAGUUAUCUUCACACUUGAAAGUGUAUUUCACAUACUGUUAAGUCCACAUUGUUAGUCUUUUGUCACUGAGAACUGAACAGGAAAAAAUGUGAAUUGAAUUAAAACUGUCCCUGUGAACAUGGUCUUUUCAUGCAAAUAAGUAUCCUACCUGGUACUGUUCUGUGACUACUCACUUACAGUGGAUUUUCAAAGGAAUAUGUAAUAUAUCUGCAGCCCAAACCCGUAGGGAUAGAACUCAACCAAUGCUAAAGCCCAGUGAUUUUAAUGUGAGAGUUCAAGAACGUGCAUAAGUCUCUCCUGUUGAAAUCGGUGGCAAGUGCUUAAAUGUGGCUGGAUUGUGUUACAAAUGUUCUCUUUUUGUAAUCGCCCUUUCCUAGCUAAUGUCACUUGUGGUGGGGAUUUCUUUUCUCUGGUAUAUGACAAACUGCAUCUCAUUAAACUCUUAUGUGAAGAUGA